AUGUAUUCAUCUGGUACCACUGGUGCGCCAAAAUGUAUCGUGCAUGGCCAUGGCGGAACGUUAUUAAAUCAUUUAAAGGAACAUCGGUUACAGAGUAAUAUGAAAGAUGGAGAUAUUUUAUUUUACUUUACAGCGGUUUCUUGGAUGAUGUGGAAUUGGUUAAUUUCAUCGAUUGCAUUGGGUACGCCAAUAGUUCUCUACGAUGGCUCGCCAAUUGUACCUGAUUGCUAUCGACUUUGGGAUUUGGCUGAUGAAAUCGGUGUAACCAUCUUCGGUUGUAGUGCACGCUACUUAGCAGCAUUAGAAGAACAGCAGGUUACGCCUCGUACGCACAACAAACUCAAUACCGUGCAUACAAUUCUAUCGACUGGUUCCCCAUUGCAUGCCCGUAUCUUUGACUAUGUUUACAAGGAGAUAAAAACCGACGUAUUAUUGGGUUCAAUCACGGGCGGAACGGAUAUUAUCUCUUGUUUUGCCGGUGUGAAUCCGACUCUGAGUGUUCAUCAAGGAGAAAUACAAUCUCCUCAUUUAGCCAUGGCAAUUGAAUGUUGGGCGGAAGAUGGAAAAAAAUUGGAAGGUGAAAGUGGUGAACUUGUCUGCGUCAAGCCAUUUCCUUCGAUGCCCGCUUCUUUUUGGAAUGACCCUACGGGUGAAAAGUACCAUCGUGCUUAUUUCGAUAAGUAUCCAGGUGUAUGGAAUCAUUCUGAUUUCUGUCUGAUUAAUCCAGUUACUCGCGGUAUUGUUAUGCUUGGCCGAAGUGAUGGUACACUGAAUCCUAAUGGCAUCCGUUUCGGUUCCGCUGAAAUUUAUUCUAUUGUCGAUCAAUUCAAUGGUGAAAUUCUUGACAGUUUGUGUGUCGCUCAACGGAAUCCAACAAGUGGUAAUGAACGUGUUGUUCUGUUCCUGAAGCUACCCCCAACCGUUGACCAUCUAGACAAAUCAUUGGUUGAUCGAAUUAAAACGGCAAUACGACAACAACUAUCAGCAAGACAUGUGCCUGAAGUCAUCGUUCAAGUACCAGAAAUACCUUACACAAUCAACAUGAAAAAAGUGGAAGUACCGGUUCGUCGUAUCAUUGAAGGUCAAACGAUUCACGCAACUGGCUCAUUGGCAAACCCUACUUGUCUCGAUUAUUAUCGAAAUAUACCCGAGUUAACCAAAUGGUAA